AUGGAGAUCAGGCCGGAAGAAGGGAUGGCCGUGCUUGAUCGGUCGGUUAGUUUUGACUGUACCCAGCCGGUUUGUGCAAAUGGGGCCCCUCUACCCCUUAUCCAUGCCGACACAGAUGCUAUUUGGGUUGAAUCGCCUGAGCUUGUCCCUGUGGGAACGGUCGUUUCACAACUUCACUCCAAGGGCACUGAUUCGGAAUUGUUUCAAUUAUUUCUGGAUGCCUGGAAACAGAUGUGGGGUCGACAUCAGCAAGUCCCAUAUUCACGUUGGCACACCAUCCUUCAGUUUGCCCGUGACAACUUGCCCUUCAAGCGAAUGAGUUGGCCUGCGAUCGAUGUCCGUAACCUGCGGGAUUGUAUUGCCCAUAAGCAUAGUGCCACUUCUGCUGGCUUAGAUGGUGUCACCCUUAGAGACCUUCGUGCUAUGCCUGACGCAGCACUGUCCAAUUUUGUGGCCCUUUUCUUGCACGCUGAACAUACUGGUGGUUGGCCCCAGCAAGUGAUUGCUGGAAGGGUCACAUGCUUGCCCAAGAAGGAACAUCCUGUGGAGGUGCUGGACUUUCGACCCAUCACUGUACUUGGGUUAUUGUACAGGUGCUGGGGCACAAUUCAUGCAAGGCAUGCCAUCCGUGCGUUGGAAGAUGUUUUGCCUGUUGGUCUUUUUGGUAGUAGACCCCAUUGCUAUGCAGGGCAGGUUUGGAGUCAAUUGUUAUGGACCAUAGAGCUGGCAUACGAGCAAGGCACUGCUUUGAGUGGCAUCACUGCUGACAUUCAGAAAGCAUUUAAUUUCUUGCCUCGCAUUGUCAUCAUGGAGUCAUGCGCCCUCUUAGGUUUUCCAUUUGAGAUUCUCCGUGGUUGGUCUUGGGCGCUUGCCUCCAUGCCUCGGCGGUUUCAAAUCAAUGGUAGUCUUAGUGCCCCUGCCUAUAGCACAUGUGGUCUUCCAGAGGGAUGCGCCUUGAGUUGUGUGGGGAUGAUGGUUGUGGAUAUCUUGUUUCACAAAUGGAUGACUCAUUAUUUUCCACUUUGCCAGCCGUUGUCCUAUGUUGAUGAUUGGCAAGUGUUGGUGACUGAUCCGUUGCGCCUUCAGCCUGUUUAUGCUUGUUUGGAGAAGUUCACCCAGGCCUUAGACCUGUUCAUUGACAGCAAAAAGACGCAUAUGUGGUCAGUGAGUUCGGUUGGCCGAAAAUGCAUUCGUGACCUUGGAAUGCCUGUGGUUCCGUUUGAUCGCAACCUCGGCCUUGCCGAGACCGACCCUGCGGAUACUCGCACUUGGCUUGCGAAGCUCAGCAUUUCUGCUGAUGUUGGUGCGGUUCAUGACUGUGAGGGCAGCCGUAUCCUUGCCGCGGGAGCUCUUCCUGGGUUGCUCCAAAGUGCAGUUCGGGCUGAAAUCUAUGCCGUGUUGAAAGCUUUGCAGCUUGCAGUGACCCAUGAGGGGCCUGUCAUGCUUUGGUCGGAUUGCGAUGCUGUGGUGCGUAGAGUGCGGAAGCUCCUUGCUGGCCACGCCGUUAAGCCUAACGCAUCUCACUCUGAUUUGUGGUAUGAAGUGCAACAAUGCCUCUCCGCUCGUGUUGGUAUCACCCAAAUCACCAGAGUCGCAGCGCAUCAGACAGACGAAGGCCAGGGAAGUGUCUUUGCUGAAUGGUGUUUCAGACAAUGA